UCUAAAAUUAGCAAAUCAUCCUUUACUGGCAAUUAAUUCUUUAUCUUUAGAUCCUUCACAUUCCUUUUGCUUUUAAGUUGCCAUAUAGUAACUUAACUUUUUCUUGAAUUGUAUUAGUCUAUGUUUUUAAAAUAGCAAUCCUGCGUCUGCAUAAAAGUUGCAUUUUUAAUACAAGAUAAAUCCACAAAAAGUGCAAGGUUUUCACACCUCUUGGCAUAGCUGCUUCAGUGGCUUCAUGAAUUUUUUUCUUUUUUUACAUUGAUUCUUACUCUGGAUUCAUUUAUCUUGAAAUAGCAGGCCAUCGCAGCUCCAGAUUUUAAUCUGUGGUACAUAUCAAGCAAUUCAUCUUUUUAUUAUAAUGUCAUGACUUUACUUCUUGGGAGCACUGCCAGCAUCACUAGUGGCACGUUGUAUGAGUUCCAUGGUGGUGUUCAAGGUUUACAGUAUAGCACUGAACAUGAUGAAAAAUGCAAGAGAACUGUGAGAGGUUACUUUUUACUGACUUACAAAAUGUACUGGCAAGAUGAACUGCUCAUGGGGAGAUGAUUAGCAUCACAUGGCCUUUUAAGUGGCAACUUGGAACACUUGAGCUCACGGGAUAGCUGCAGGAGUAUGGAAAUUUCAUUGAUAACCUAAGACUCUUCACCAGGGGAGGAUCCGGUGGAAUGGGUUAUCCUCGUUUAGGCGGAGAAGGUGGAAAAGGUGGUGACGUCUGGGUUGUAGCCCAGAACAGAAUGACUUUAAAACAACUCAAAGACAAAUAUCCUCAGAAACGGUUUGUGGCUGGAGUAGGAGCAAACAGCAAAAUUAGUGCACUGAAAGGCUCCAAAGGAAAAGACUGUGAAAUCCCUGUACCUGUGGGUAUUUCAGUAACUGAUGAAAAUGGUAAAAUUAUAGGAGAACUCAAUAAAGAGAAUGAAAGAAUUUUGGUAGCUGAAGGAGGUCUUGGUGGUAAAUUACUUACAAAUUUCUUACCAUUGAAAGGCCAGAAACGAAUAAUUCACCUUGAUCUAAAACUUAUAGCUGAUGUAGGCCUAGUAGGAUUCCCAAAUGCUGGAAAAUCCUCUUUGCUAAGUUGCGUUUCUCAUGCAAAACCUGCAAUUGCAGAUUACGCAUUUACAACAUUAAAGCCUGAACUUGGAAAGAUUAUGUACAGUGAUUUCAAACAGAUAUCAGUAGCUGAUCUUCCAGGUUUAAUAGAAGGAGCACAUAUGAACAAAGGAAUGGGCCACAAAUUCCUCAAGCAUAUAGAAAGAACUAGACAACUGCUUUUUGUUGUUGAUAUUUCUGGAUUUCAGCUUUCUUCUCACACUCAAUACAGAACAGCUUUUGAAACCAUAAUACUGCUUACAAAAGAGUUGGAAUUGUACAAAGAGGAACUUCAGACAAAACCUGCACUCUUGGCAGUUAAUAAAAUGGACUUGCCAGAUGCCCAAGAUAAGUUCCAUGAAUUGAUGAGCCAGCUCCAGAAUCCUAAAGAUUUUCUGCAUUUAUUUGGAAAAAACAUGAUUCCAGAGAGGACUGUAGAGUUCCAACAUAUCAUCCCCAUAUCUGCAGUUACUGGAGAAGGAAUCGAAGAAUUAAAGAAUUGUAUAAGAAAGUCACUGGAUGAACAGGCCAACCAGGAAAAUGAUGCACAUCAUAAGAAACAACUGCUUAAUUUGUGGAUUUCUGAUACAGUAUCUUCUAGUGAGCCACCAUCAAAGCAUGCUGUUACUACUUCCAAAAUGGAUAUAAUUUAAAUAUAUUAAAAAUGGUAUUGAUGGAAUAGUAUUUAAUGCUUAAAAACAAGGAAAUCCUUUCGUCUGUGACAACCUGGAGGACAUGUUAAGUAAAAAAAGCUAGGCUUAGAAAGACAAAUGCUGCAUAAUCUCACUUACAUGUGGAAUCUUAAAAAGUUGAACUCAUAGAAGGAGAGAAUAGAAUGGUGGUUAUCAAGGGCUGAUGGGGCAGUGGAGGAUUGAGGAGAUGUUGGUCAAAAUAUACAAAAUUUCAGUUAGACAAGGCAACUGAGUUCAAGAAAUCUAUUGUACAGCUUGGUGACUGUAAUUAACAACAAUGUAUUUUGAAAGUCACUGAGUAAAUUUUAAGUAGUUUUUCCAAAAAAGCA